CCUAGCGCCCUCGGCUCCGCGCCGCCCACGGCCCGGCCCCGGCGCCGGGAGGACUCUCAUGCGCCGGGCGCGGCGGCGCCUCCCUGCAUCCCUGCCGCUCCCCAGCGCCUCGUCUUUUUCCUCCAGCUGAGAACGCCGCUGCACUCGCGGCCCGCGGCGAUGCGGGGCCCCGGCACUGCGGCGUCGCACCCGCCCCUGGGCCUGUGCGCCCUGGUGCUGGCGCUUCUGGGCGCGUUGCCCGCGGGCACCCGGGCUCAGCCGUACCACGGCGAGAAGGGCAUCUCGGUCCCGGACCACGGCUUCUGCCAGCCCAUCUCCAUCCCGUUGUGCACGGAUAUCGCCUACAACCAGACCAUCCUGCCCAACCUGCUGGGCCACACGAACCAAGAGGACGCGGGCCUCGAGGUGCACCAGUUCUACCCGCUGGUGAAGGUGCAGUGUUCUCCCGAGCUGCGCUUCUUUUUAUGCUCCAUGUACGCGCCCGUGUGCACCGUGCUCGACCAAGCCAUUCCUCCGUGCCGCUCCCUGUGCGAGCGCGCCCGCCAGGGCUGCGAGGCUCUCAUGAACAAGUUCGGCUUCCAGUGGACUGAGCGGCUGCGCUGCGAGAACUUCCCGGUGCACGGCGCCGGCGAGAUCUGCGUGGGCCAGAACACCUCCGACGGCUCCGGGGGCGCGGGCGGCAGCCCCACCGCCUACCCUACGGCUCCCUACCUGCCAGACCCGCCUUUCACGGCCGUGGCCCCCUCAGAUGGCAGAGGCCGGUGGUCUUUCCCCUUCUCGUGCCCGCGCCAGCUCAAAGUGCCCCCCUACCUGGGCUACCGCUUCCUAGGUGAGCGCGACUGCGGUGCCCCGUGUGAGCCGGGCCGUGCUAACGGCCUCAUGUACUUUAAAGAAGAGGAGAGGCGUUUCGCCCGCCUCUGGGUGGGUGUGUGGUCGGUGCUGUGCUGCGCCUCGACGCUCUUCACGGUGCUCACCUACCUGGUGGACAUGCGGCGCUUCAGCUACCCAGAGCGACCCAUCAUCUUCCUGUCGGGCUGCUACUUCAUGGUGGCUGUAGCGCACGUGGCGGGCUUCCUGCUGGAGGACCGUGCCGUGUGCGUGGAGCGCUUCUCGGACGAUGGCUACCGCACGGUGGCGCAGGGCACCAAGAAGGAGGGCUGCACCAUCCUCUUCAUGGUGCUUUACUUCUUCGGCAUGGCCAGCUCCAUCUGGUGGGUCAUUCUGUCCCUCACUUGGUUCCUGGCGGCUGGCAUGAAGUGGGGCCACGAGGCCAUCGAGGCCAACUCGCAGUACUUUCACCUGGCCGCGUGGGCUGUUCCGGCGGUCAAGACAAUCACCAUCUUGGCCAUGGGCCAGGUGGACGGGGACCUGCUCAGUGGCGUGUGCUACGUGGGCCUGUCUAGUGUGGAUGCGCUGCGGGGCUUCGUGCUGGCGCCCCUGUUCGUCUACCUCUUCAUCGGCACGUCCUUCCUGCUGGCCGGCUUUGUGUCUCUCUUUCGCAUCCGCACCAUCAUGAAGCAUGACGGCACCAAGACGGAGAAGCUGGAGAAGCUCAUGGUGCGCAUCGGCGUCUUCAGCGUGCUCUACACCGUGCCGGCCACCAUCGUGCUGGCCUGCUACUUCUACGAGCAGGCCUUCCGCGAGCACUGGGAGCGCACCUGGCUCCUGCAGACCUGCAAGAGCUACGCGGUGCCCUGCCCUCCGGGCCACUUCCCGCCCAUGAGCCCGGACUUCACCGUCUUCAUGAUCAAGUACCUGAUGACCAUGAUCGUGGGCAUCACGACCGGCUUCUGGAUCUGGUCGGGCAAGACCCUACAGUCAUGGCGUCGCUUCUACCAUAGACUCAGCCACAGCAGUAAGGGGGAGACUGCGGUAUGAACCCCGGUCCUUCCCCGACCCUUGCCACUUCCUACCCGCUUGGAGGAGGAGAGGCAUGGUAGGGAAAAAACUGCUGGGCGGGGACUUGUUUCUGUAGGCUACCCCCUCCUCCACUGAGCUUUAACAUGGAAGUGAGAAGUUAUUUGGAGGUGAGAAGAGAUUUGGGGUGAGAGGCGGUUUUGAGAGGGGGGCCUGAGUGAAAAGUCAGAAGGCAGUGUGGAUGAAAAAGACUUCUGGUUAAGACUUGCGGGGAUGACGCUAACUGUGAAGGGGGCCGGCUAGGGCCUUCAGGGAAAGGUUGAGGUCAGCAGAGACUGGUGAGUUCUUCCCGGCGCCAGAGCUGAGCCAGGGCUGAGUCCAGUCCCUGCUGCAAGGCCAGUGAGGCCGGGGGAGGGGGGGAGAUAGCGCUCCGUCUGCUGCCUGGGCUUUGUUGGGAAGAUGGGGGCCCCCUGUGGUGCCCUUGUCAAGCGGUGGUCCAAAACCAUAAUCUCUUUUCACUGGGGCCAAACUGGAGCCCAGAUGGGUUAAUUUUCCAGGGUCAGACAUUACAGUCCUCCUCCCCGCCCCCCUCCCGCCUGGUUUUUUUUUUUUUUUUUUCCCUCCUCCUCCUCCUUUCAAGUCUAGUAAAAUCAGCCCUUUGGAAGGCCAGGGAGGCCUGCCUGCUAGAAUCCUAACGCGAAGAUGCCAAAGAAGACAUUUCCGCGAGGAAGGCCAAGGAGACGAGUGGCAGAUAGAUAUAGUUCUGCUACUUUCUUUUUCUUUUUCUCUUUCUUUUUUUUUUUCCAUUUUCUUGGGCAGGCGGGAAGGCGCGAAGGAAAAGAAUGUUUGAUUUGGUUUCAUACCCUGAAAAGAAGUGAUGACUUGUUGCUUUUCGAAAUAGGAAUGCAUUUCCCCUUGUCUUUGUUGUAAGAGACAAAGGAGGAACAAAAGUGUCUCCCCGAGGAAAGGCUUCACUGUGCAGGCAGCCGCUUUUAUAGGCAAAGCAGCAGAAAUCUGAGGUUUCCCUUCGGUUGUUAAUUUGGUUGAGGUAAACAUUCCUUUUUAAGGAAAAGCGAAGGGCAGCAUGCAUGCUUUUGUACCCAUGCAGCCAAAGGUUCUGCCUUGGGUAAAGGAAGUGGAAGGAGUUUUGUUAUUUGUUUUAAACAGAUUUAAUUCAGAACACAUGAUCUAACAGGCUCUGUUAAACAGCUUAAUGAAACCUCCCUCCGUCCCACACCCCCAUAAGCCUAAAUUUCGAGUUUCUGUCCCCCACCUCCUUCCGUCCAAUUUGUGUGUGUGAUUUUUUUUUUUCCUGUGUGUGUUUGGGGUUUUUUGUUUGUUUGGGGUUUCUUUGGGCUGUUUUGUUUGUGUGUUUGUUUUGUUUUGUUUUUUCCUUUCUCUUUUUUCCCCCUUUCUCUCUCUUUUUUUUUUUUUUCUUUUUCUGUUUGAUUUUUUUUUUUUUAAUAGUUUUUCGAGACAGGGUUUCUCUGUGUAUCCCCUCCCUGUCCUGGAACUCACUCUGUAGACCAGGCUGGCCUCGAACUCUAAGAUCCCCCCUGUUUCUGCCUCCCUAGUGCUGGACCUGGCUCCCCUAUCCAAUUUGUAUUCUUCAAGAUUAAAGGAGAGGCAUAAUGCUCACAGAAUCAAAAUAAAGGGAAAAUUAAUUAAAAGGGUUAAAAACCUUUUGCCCACCUUUCUUCCCUCUUAGUUCCAUAACUCUGUGUAUAGGAAACAUGUGCCGACCCUUUCUCUGGUUGAAGAGGUGUCGUUCAAGAGUGAUAGGGAAGGAGUCUGUACCAGGUUUAGAAAGUCAUAACAGGAAGGUAAACUUCAAAGUGAUUCUGGAGUUCUUUGAAAUGUGCUAGAAGACUUAAAUUUAUUAAUCCUAAAUCAUAUACUUUUUCCCCCCCUGUAAUAGAGGUCUGGUUCUUUGGCAUAGUGGUGUAUUGCUAAGAAGAGCAUCAUGGGAGCUAACCUUGACUUCACCUUUGACCCUGACUGUCCUCCAGUCUUGCAAUGCUGCACAGUUUCUCAGCAGUUAAAUGCCAAUCAGGGGGGUACUGUCAGGAGUACAAAUUACUUUAUAUAUGUCACGUUCGGUUGAAUGGAGCUGCUUUUACGUUACAGUGAUCUUGCAUUUCUGAAACUUUCAAAAAAUGAUCUCACCUGUCAGAUUUUUUUUUUUUUUAACUGCCACCACACAGGUUUGGUGUCUUUUGUGUUUUCUCUCGUAAGUGCAUGUGAAAUUUGUAAAAUAGAGACAGUGCAGUAUGUAUAUUUUGUAAAUCUCCCAUUUUUGUAAGAAAAUAUAUAUUGUAUUUAUACAUUUUUACUUUGGAUUUUUGUUUUUUUUUUUGCCUUUAAAGAUCUACAACGAAGC